AUGAGUAAUGAAAUUUUAACAGAAUUAUCUAAUGAAAAUAAUACUCAAAUAGAAAAAGAAGAAAUAAAUAAUACAUCAGAACAAAAAUCCAUUAAUUCAACUGUAUCUGAUCUUGAUGACGUACAAUCAUUUUGUGCUGAAUUUCAUAUAAAAGUUGAAAAUGCAGCUGGUAUUCGUCCAUGGUUACAAUUUAGUGAUACAAAUUUUCCGGAAGAAGUUUUAAAACAAUUUGAAGAAAGUGAAUUUGAUAUGCCAACACCAAUUCAAUCAAUAGCUUGGCCUAUACUUAAUCAAAAUCGAGAUCUUGUUGGAAUUGCAAGUACAGGAAGUGGGAAAACACUUGCUUUUAUUCUUCCACUUGUAUUUCAUAUACGAAAACAACCACCAUUACAACCAGAUGAUGGUCCUAUAGCUAUUGUUUUAGCACCAACACGAGAAUUAGUUCAACAAAUUCAUAAUGUUGCACAACCAUAUUUUAAUAUGUUUGGAAUAAAAUCAUUAUGUAUUAUGGGUGGUGAUGAAAGAGAAAAACAAAUAAAUGAAAUUGGUGAUGGAAAAGAAGUUUAUAUAUGUACACCAGGAAGAUUAGAAGAUUUUUUAGAAUCAAAAAUAACAACACUUUAUCGUGUUACAUUUAUUGUACUUGAUGAAGCUGAUAAAAUGCUUGAUUUAGGUUUUGAAACACAAGUUAGAAAUAUUCUUGCUGAUUUUAAAACAUCAAAAUCUUCAAAUACUGAUGAACAGCAAACUCGACGUCGAGCACAAAUUUCUAUGUUUUCAGCUACAUGGCCAAAGUCAAUAAAAGCUUUAGCUGAAGAUUAUUUAACAAAUUAUGUUCAUGCAACAGUUGGUUGUUUAUCAGAAUCUCAUGCUGUAAAUUUACACAUACAACAAAUAGUUGAUUUUUGUCCAAAUGAACAACAAAAAAAACAAAAUCUUUUUAAAAUACUUGAUGAAGUUUGUGCUUAUGCACCUGAUAGAAAAACAAUUAUAUUUGUACGUACACGAGAUAAAGUUAAUCGAUUAAGUAAAGAAUUUGAACAGAAUGGUUAUAAAGCAUUACUUUUACAUGGAUCAAAAAGUCAACAAAUGCGAAAUGAAGUAUUAAAAGAAUUUCGCGAAACAUCAAAUGCCCUACUACUCGCAACUGAUGUUGCGUCAAGAGGUUUAGAUGUUGAUGAUGUACGAUUUGUAAUUAAUUAUGAUUUUCCAACAUCUGAUGCUGUUUAUAUACAUAGAAUUGGCCGUACAGGUCGAAGUUCUCAAUGUGGUACAGCAUUUACAUUCUUUUCAAAUGAAGAUGCUAAACAUGCACCAGCACUUAUACAUAUUUUGGAUGAAGCUGGAGCUGUUGUUCAUCCAAUCAUUUUACAAAUUGGACGAAAAAAUGGUUUUAAUAAAUGGGUAGCAAAUGUAGGAAUUCCUCAAUAUCCAGUCUAUAAUCCCGAUGAAAAUUGGUCUGAUGGUAAUAAUAAUGGUCAAGAUUGGUCGAAUGAUGAUUAUUAUAAUAAUGAAGAUUUACCACCGAACUUAAUGGGUAUUGAUUUAAGUUCAUUUGAUCCUAGUCAAUUACGAUCAGUACCGGUGUCACUUUUAAAUUCUAAUGGACAACUUAAUGAACUUGAUGUAAAUACUCGUAUAAAAAAUUUUCAAGAUUAUAAACAACGUUGUCAAUUAUUAGAACGUUUAUCAUGGGAAUAUAAUGAUGGAAAUUAUUCAAAUAAUCAAAAUGAUUAUGAUAAUAACUAUCAUAAUAAUAAUCAUAGAUUUAAUGGGGGUUGGUCAAAUCCUGGAAAUGAAAAUCAAAAUGGAAGAAAUUGGAAUUCAAAUAAUAAUGAAUGGCAAAAUAAAAAUUUCGAUUCAAAUCAAAAACGUUCAUGGGACAAUAAUUCAUCCUCUUCAAAUAUGAAUAAAAAUAAUCAAUGGAAUAGAAAUACUACUACUAAUAAUAAUAAUAAUAAUAAUAACAAUCAGGGACAAACAAAUUAUGAUCAAUGGAAAUCUUCUAAUCAAUCACAACCUCAACAACAACAACAACAACAGCAGCAACAACAACAACAACAACAAUCACAAGAUCAACAAUUAUCUGAUCUUGAAACUAAUCCAGCUAUUAUAUAUGCUAAAGCAAGUAGUGAAUAUCAUGUACAAUAUAAUCAAUAUACAACGGCAUUACAACAAGCUAUGCUUGCUCAACAAUCUGGUACACCAAUAACACCACAACAACAACAGUAUUUAAUUACUUUUCAACAACAAUUACAAGCUAAACAGCAACAAUUACAAGUUAUGCAACAAGCAGCUAAUCUACAACAAGCAUCAAUUUUACAAGCAGCUGCACUUAGUGCUGCAACACAAAAUGUUUGGAAUCCACAAACAAAUACAUCACAAACUAAUACAAUGAAUGAUUUAUCAAAAUCAACUACUGAUGCUCAACAAAAUUGGAUGCAACAAUGGAUUAAUGCUGGUUAUGAUGCAUCACAAAUUGCUGCUUAUCAACAAUGGUAUGCACAAAUGCAAACAGCAGCAUCAUUAGCUGCUUCUGCAGCUUUGUCUCAGUCACAAAAUCCAUCUACUACAUACAGUGGAAUACCGUUUUCAUCGAAUAAUAGUAAUCAACAAUCAACAACGACUAUAUCAGCACCUCCAACUGUUUCAUCAUCAACAGCAAGCGCUGCUCAACGUGCUUAUGCUGCAUAUAGCAAUCGAGCAUCAUCAUCUUGA